AUGUAUGCAAACCAGUACACUUAUUCAAUGCCGUACAGCUACACCCAGUCACCAUAUUAUGCCUCACCAUACGACGAUUAUUACGGAUAUCCGUAUCCUCCUCCAGCAGCACCUCUACCGUAUUACCAACAACCGUACUAUAGAGAUGACAGAAAUGACAUAAUGAACACAUGCUGCAUGACAUGCCUUGCAACAAUGUUCAUGUGCUGUUGCUUGCAAAAUCUCGGAGGAUGCAGAGAGUGCUGA